AUGGGCUUCCAGUUGGACCAGGUUGGGACUCGCAGCAAAACUCGCCGGAUGCGAGAAACCGCAGGUCAAAUCAUGGCAGAUCACAACAAACACCUCCAUCACUUGCCAGAGUUUGACCCGAUCACUAGGAGAAUCGUCUUGCAGUUUCCAGCUUCCGGUGUCGGUGGACCAGAAACCACACGUUGUGUCGACCCGGGAGAGAAGGAUCUCGGCCCCCUCCCCGGCGACUAG